AGUAACCGCCGCCGCCGCCGCCAAAGCUCGCCAACAUGGCGGACCUGGAGGCUGUGCUGGCCGAUGUCAGUUACCUGAUGGCCAUGGAGAAGAGCAAGGCGACCCCGGCCGCCCGCGCCAGCAAGAGGAUCGUCCUGCCGGAGCCCAGUAUCCGGAGUGUGAUGCAGAAGUACCUUGCAGAGAGAAAUGAAAUAACCUUUGACAAGAUUUUCAAUCAGAAAAUUGGUUUCUUGCUAUUUAAAGAUUUUUGUUUGAAUGAAAUUAAUGAAGCUGUACCUCAGGUGAAGUUUUAUGAAGAGAUAAAGGAAUAUGAAAAACUUGAUAAUGAGGAAGACCGCCUUUGCAGAAGUCGACAAAUUUAUGAUGCCUACAUCAUGAAGGAACUUCUUUCCUGUUCACAUCCUUUCUCAAAGCAAGCUGUAGAACACGUACAAAGUCAUUUAUCCAAGAAACAAGUGACAUCAACUCUUUUUCAGCCGUACAUAGAAGAAAUUUGUGAAAGCCUUCGAGGUGACAUUUUUCAAAAAUUUAUGGAAAGUGACAAGUUCACUAGAUUUUGUCAGUGGAAAAACGUUGAAUUAAAUAUCCAUUUGACCAUGAAUGAGUUCAGUGUGCAUAGGAUUAUUGGACGAGGAGGAUUCGGGGAAGUUUAUGGUUGCAGGAAAGCAGACACUGGAAAAAUGUAUGCAAUGAAAUGCUUAGAUAAGAAGAGGAUCAAAAUGAAACAAGGAGAAACAUUAGCCUUAAAUGAAAGAAUCAUGUUGUCUCUUGUCAGCACAGGAGACUGUCCUUUCAUUGUAUGUAUGACCUAUGCCUUCCAUACUCCAGAUAAACUCUGCUUCAUCCUGGAUCUGAUGAACGGGGGCGAUUUGCACUACCACCUUUCACAACACGGUGUGUUCUCUGAGAAGGAGAUGCGGUUUUAUGCCACUGAAAUCAUUCUGGGUCUGGAACACAUGCACAAUCGGUUUGUUGUCUACAGAGAUUUGAAGCCAGCAAAUAUUCUCUUGGAUGAACAUGGACACGCAAGAAUAUCAGAUCUUGGCCUUGCCUGCGAUUUUUCCAAAAAGAAGCCUCAUGCGAGCGUUGGCACCCAUGGGUACAUGGCUCCCGAGGUGCUGCAGAAGGGGACGGCCUAUGACAGCAGUGCCGACUGGUUCUCCCUGGGCUGCAUGCUUUUCAAACUUCUGAGAGGUCACAGCCCUUUCAGACAGCAUAAAACCAAAGACAAGCAUGAAAUUGACCGAAUGACACUCACCGUGAAUGUGGAACUUCCAGACACCUUCUCUCCUGAACUGAAGUCCCUUUUGGAGGGCUUGCUUCAGCGAGACGUUAGCAAGCGGCUGGGCUGUCACGGAGGCGGCUCACAGGAAGUAAAAGAGCACAGCUUUUUCAAAGGUGUUGACUGGCAGCAUGUCUACUUACAAAAGUACCCACCACCCUUGAUUCCUCCCCGGGGAGAAGUCAAUGCUGCUGACGCCUUUGAUAUUGGCUCAUUUGAUGAAGAGGAUACCAAAGGGAUUAAGCUACUUGAUUGCGACCAAGAACUCUACAAGAACUUCCCUUUGGUCAUCUCUGAACGCUGGCAGCAAGAAGUAACGGAAACAGUUUAUGAAGCAGUAAAUGCAGACACGGAUAAAAUUGAGGCCAGGAAGAGAGCUAAAAAUAAGCAACUUGGCCACGAAGAAGAUUACGCUCUGGGGAAGGACUGUAUUAUGCAUGGGUACAUGCUGAAACUGGGAAACCCAUUUCUGACUCAGUGGCAGCGUCGCUAUUUUUACCUCUUUCCAAAUAGACUUGAAUGGAGAGGAGAGGGAGAGUCCCGGCAAAAUUUACUGACAAUGGAACAGAUUCUCUCUGUGGAAGAAACUCAAAUUAAAGACAAAAAAUGCAUUUUGUUCAGAAUAAAAGGAGGGAAGCAAUUUGUCUUGCAAUGUGAGAGUGAUCCAGAGUUUGUGCAGUGGAAGAAAGAGUUGAACGAAACCUUCAAGGAGGCCCAGCGGCUAUUGCGUCGUGCCCCGAAGUUCCUCAACAAACCUCGGUCAGGUACUGUGGAGCUCCCAAAGCCAUCCCUCUGUCACAGAAACAGCAACGGCCUCUAGCACCCAGGGACAGGGAGGGUCCUCAAGGAGGACACACCAGGGCCUCAGCCUUUUGGGGUGAACGAGGAUGAGGCAUCUGAUCUAUUCGCUACUGGGACUCCUCCAGGCUCCCGAGAGGAGUCGGGACCCUUCGGCUUGGGGUCAGCUCAGCUCCCUGCCUUGUCACAUUUGUCCGCAUUCGAAACUACUGAAGAAAUAAAAGUUCUUUUUCUUUGCUACA